AUGAAACGCUGCUUUGCUAAUCCUUCUCGCAUGCGACUGCUUUGUAGCAAGAAGGCUGGUCGAGAAGGGGGCGAAUGCCUGGCGGUCUCCGUGGAGAUCGCGCCUGCCGGUCCCGUCGUCGAGGUGCAGGAGACAAGCAUGGCAGAAGGAUGGACAGGUUGCCGCUUCUCACCUUCCGCCCUAUGGUUGGCACUCAAAGUGGCCGAACCCAACAGCCUCAUCCCUGAGUGCUCGGCGCGGGCGGGGUCCUUGAAGGCCAUCGAGUUCGGAUGUGGCGUUGGCCUGGCGGGGCUGGCUGCACACGCCGUUGGAUAUGACACAACCCUCACCGACUGUCUACCGGGUCAUCUGAAGAACUUGGCAGCACACACCACGAAGUUGAGGGCGAAGUUCCCGAAGAGCGCAGCUCUUCAGGUCCGCUUUCUUGAUUGGAUCUCCGACGUUGGUGCCGACCUCUCCUGCUCCAUUGACUUGGGCUCGCCAGAAAACGUGGCAGCUGCAGCCAGCUCUGACUGGGAGCGCUUGGAGAAUGAGCAGCUGAACAGCUUCGACCUGGCGCUGGCAAGCGAUGUUGUGUAUGAGGAGCACCACGCAGUACUCCUGCCAAAAGUUAUACAGCGCUGGUUGAAGCCAGGAGGUUGCUGGGCCGUCUCCCUUGCCAUUCGAGAUGCAGAUAUGAGCUGUCGCUUUAUGGAGCAGCUGGACGCUCACGGACUAGUCCCCGGCACCGCUGAGCACAUGGUCAUAGAAACGGCGUGCCAGUCAGAUCGAUGCUCUUACUGCUCCUUGCGGGAAGCCUGGCCCGCAGAUGCACCACUGCUCGACCGGCUUCGCAGCAUCGUCAGAGGUCACGAAGGAGGUGCAAUUCUUGUGAUGAGCCAGCGCCCAACGUAA